GUAGUGGUUAAGGUGUUGGACUACAACUUGGGAGACCAGGGUUCAAAUCCCCACAGCCAUGAAGCUCACUGGGUGACCUUGGGCCAGUCACUGCCUCUCAGCCUCAGAGGAAGGCAAUGGUAAACCCCCUCUUAAUACCGCUUACCAUGAAAACCCUUCAUAGAGUCGCUAUAAGUUGGAAUCGGCUUGAAGGCAGUCCAUUUUAUUUUUUUCAUUUUGCAAUAAGCACAGACCAAAUCCUAAUGCAGGAUUGCCAUAUAGGAACAUAGAGAGCAUGUCCCCUUAAGAACAUUGCACCUGGGAAAGGGGACUACAAUUGUGUUUUCUCCUGACUUGCUCUUCUUCCAAUUUGCUGUGAAGAAAAAAAGAAGAAAAUUAUUUACUUCAGAAAGAACAGCACAACUGCAGGGCUCUUAAACAGCCAGGCGGAAUCUCCAAUAUGCAGCCUGCCAAUCCUACUCUGAGGGAAUCACGAGGAGAGGAGCAUUCGACGGAAACUAAUCCAAAUUGAAUGAACUCACUUAAUAACUACCUCCACCCCAAUCUCCCUCUCCUCCCUCUUCUUUCUUUGAGAAGUGACAAAACUUGUGGCUCAGUUUUAAACCCCGCUGGUUUUGUUUAGCCCUUUCUUCGCCGCCCAAUGAGCUUCUCCACGUGUCUGCAAUUCCCCCACCCAGGCUUCGCAAUAUAAACAAACCGGCCUUUGACCGGACAUUUGCACGUGUUCUCCUUAAAGAACGAGUGGAAAAGAAGGGGGGGGUCGAAACCCAGAGAGGCAAAGUAAUCUUCCAAUCGGAGCUACAAUGAAAGAGUUCUGCUCCCGACAGCAACCACUAGAGUCAGCCGGUUUUGAAAUCUGCAACGCCUUAGAGCUCGCACAAUGGAACGAGGAAGCGAACGAAGGAAGGACGCCGGUUCAGGAAUAUGCAAACUCUUCCCAGCCGACAAUAGCACUUUGGACUGUACCCGACCCGCAGUUUCCCCGUGAAUCCGGCUGUGUAGAUCACAUUAGGGUGGCAUUAAGUGCCGCACGCCAACCGGACGAGACAUCUGAGCUGCCUCAGAGGAAACCACUUGGGGCUUGGAGGCGACGCGACGAAUCUCUAGGCGGGGCGUGGAUCAGGCAGCGCCAGCGUUUGGCUGCCAACGUCCGCGAAAGAAGACGCAUGUUGGGGCUCAACGUGGCUUUCGACCGUCUGCGGAGCGUCAUCCCUACGCUACGAGGCGAGCGGAAGCUCUCCAAGGCGGAAACCUUGCAGAUGGCGAAGAUAUAUAUCUCUAUGCUGAACGACCUUUUGCAGGAGGUUGGUGAUGGCACGCCCGGGCGAGAAGUCCAGACUCCACCACCACCCGGAUGCGACAAAAGCAGCUCUCCUGCUUUCCAAGGAUCAGUAAACUGACCCUGAUAGGGACAGCUACAGAAGCAGAUCUCUGCCCCACUCAGCCACACACCCCUGCAAAAACUACAGUAACGAGGUACAUCUACCUGUGAAUAUGUGCAGGUCUUGGGCCUUUCCCAUUCACUCGGAAACCCCCAAUUAUUGUCAGUGUGCAAACACUCAGGGGGCUGGGGAAUAAAACUGAAAACUUGACCUGAAAAAGGGAGAGUCUGCAUGCUGGCUAAGCGAAACGAAAGCUCUAGGAAGGAGAGACGUUUUUCCGUCUUUCCCUCUCUCUUUGCUUUGAAGACCUGGCUCUUCAGGCAGGCUUUUGGGGUGGGUUAGAUUUUAUCUUCAUUGUUUUUAGAUUUUUAAUGCCUUUAUAUUGUAUACCUAUGUUGUACGUUGCCCAGAGUGGCUGGACAGCCAGCCAGAUGGCGACUAAUAAAUUCAAUAAAUAAAAUUAUGUAGCAGAGAGCCAUGUCCGUGGAUGAUGCUGUUCAAGUCAUAAACACACUAGGUAGCCCAACUGAAUACUACUGAGUGAACAUGGUUGAGCUGUUACCUGGAAAAAGGUAAAGGUGUCCCUGCACUUGUAGUGCGAGUCAUUUCCGACUCUUAGGGUGACGUCUUGUGACCGUAUAUAUGGGGUGGGAUUGCUAGUUCCAUCCCCGGGUGGAUGGACGACCCGUUUUACCAGAGAUUCGACUUCCUUCUUCCGUUGGAACCGAACUCCGGCCGUGAGCAGAGCUUCGGCUGCGUUACCGCUGCUUACCACUCUGCGCCACGGAGGAAGCCCUAUUUAACUCAGUCGAAUUUACUUCUCAGUAGACGUGUAUAAGAUUGUACUGGUGAGACACUUUUGGGCUUGGAUAGUGGAAGUAAUUGUUUUGAGAACAUCUGGGAACAUCUUAUUUAUCUUAGCCUGUAAAGCACCAUUAAAAUGAUGCAAAUCUAUAAGCAGUAAAUGAUUGGGGUGUUUUUUUUUCUUCUCAGCAGUAAGCCAGUGACAAAAUGUUCAGUUCCUUUGCAAUGUAAU